AUGCUGAAUAAGAAGAUAAUACUGCUGUCGUCAUGUCUGUUUUCAUUGACAACAUUCCUUUUGGUUAUCAUAGCGACUGCUGGUUCCAGUUCAGAUUACAAACCUCUAACUAAUAUUUAUAUAGGUGAAGCUGACAUUUCUAAGAUUAAUGUCACUAAAGUUGCACCACAAUUCGGUCCAGUACUUGCAAUUCUUGGUUCUGCAUUAGCUGCACCAAAUGUCACGGUUACUGAUAUUUUCGAUCCAUUAAAGGCUCUUUCUACUACUCCAGCUUUGAAACCAUUACUUACUCUACUGUCUGCUGCAGAAAAUACUACAGAAACUGUCAGCUCCAUACUUAAUUUAGCACCAUUAGCUUUGUCUAGUAGUAAUUCUACCACUCUGGAAAUUGAAGGAAUAAUUGAAUUAUUGUCUAACUCUAAAAACGUUUCACAAACAUUAGAUGGAUUCAACUCAUUAAUGGGAUCCAUGUCAGCAAAUACAUCACUAACGGAACUGGCCGCUACAGCUAGCUUGGAAACAACAGUCUUCCAAUUAUUGGCUGAUUCAGCAAAUGCAACAAGUAGUGUUGAAUCAUUAAUAACGCUAAAUAACAUGACUGUUGCAGAAAAGGCUCAAUUAGUCCCAGCAUUUUCAUUAUUCUCUGCUUCAAAUAAUAUUACAGCAACUUUCUCUGCAUUAGUUGCUCUAAUGAAUGCUACUAUUCCUUCCUCUUUAGCCGAUACAUUAUUUAAUUCACUCCAGACUGCCAUUAAUAGUGAUAAUGAUAAUGCCUUAGCUACUACAUUCACUUCUCUUGGAAGUUUAGUUCCAACUUCAAUGUCAUCUAGUCUUGAAGCUGAAGAAUUACUUUUCAAUGUUUCUAAUUCUGCUAAUACUACUCUAUCAACAUUAGAAGAAAUGAUUGCUGAUAACAUUACCACCUCCCAAUCUGCUAAAACUGCAUUGACCUCAUUAUCCACUAUUGUCAACAAUGCUUCCAACAAGACAUUAGUUUUAUCGUCGGUGGAAGAAUUAUCUUCAUCAUCGUCAGAUGCAUCAUCAUCUACAGCUCAAUUAGUUGUCUUAGAUGAAUUAUUAAGCUCAAGUUAUAAUGAUACAAAGACAGUGAGUACCUUAACAGAUCUAAGUGGAUUAUUAAUACAGGAUAUUUCAUCAUUACAAUAUGUUCCAGAUUUAUUAAAUUUAAUGAAAUCCUCCUCCAACGCUACCUCAACAUUAAGUUCCUUAUUAGAUAUUACAUCAUGGGCUAAAAAUAACACGGCAACAUUCUUACCUUUAAUGACCGUAUUAACAGAUGCCAAUUCGUCAGGAGAAGUCAGUCAAGAAUAUUUAGAAGAAAUCACACCAUCAAUCUUAGGUUACUUAAAUGUCCCAGUUAAAUUCCGUCUUUCCAUUUUCACUUUAUGUCAUGUAAAUUUAGCGGGUGAAUUAACAUCAUGUACUAAAUCUCAUACUGUCCAAAAUUUAGAUUUCAGACAAAUUAUUUAUGAUAGUUUAUUAAUUUCUGAUUUUAAACCAUAUAUGGAUGCUUUAAAUAUUGGUAAAUGGGAUUUACAUUUAGAUGGUUCAUUACAAAACAAACAACAUGAAUAUGUUCCAGCAAUUAAGGCCACAUUAGCAAUGAAUUUGAUUGCUAUUAUUAGUUUGUUUUUCACGAUGGGAUUCCUUUUGUUUAUGGCUUUCAGUAAACGUGCUAUUUCUAUGAAAUUAUGGUAUUGUUUAAUUUUGACAUUUAUGUGGGAUUCUUUGUUUGUUGGGUUAGGUAGUACUAUUGUUAGUGCCAUGAUUGGUAUCAUUAAACGUGGUACUAAGAAGGAUAAAUAUGAUGUUAUUUUUACUACUGGUUCUGCAUAUUGUGGGUUAACAUGGGCCGGGUUUUGUAUUAUUUUCUUAACUUUACAAAUUAUUAUAUAUGCUACUUGGAUGGUUAGGAAGGAGAAUGGUACAGUUGUUCAAAAUGUUGGUAGUGGUGACUUGGAGGAAGGUAUAAAUGUUGAUACUGGUAGUAGUUCAUCCAAAGUUAGUGAACGUAAUGUAGAAGGCGUUAUCGAAAAGAACUUCGAAAAGUAA